AUGGAUCGGGUUAAUAUAAUGAUUAUGGUUACCGUAGUGAUAAAUGCAGUCGCACAUAAUUUGAAUCGGCAUCAUUUCGAAAUUCAUAUUUCACAGGAUUGGAGCUUAGACGAUGUUCUUCUCUGGUUGCAACAUUGCAAACUGGACGACGUAGCUUCAGUGAUGAUCGGUUACGAUAUUACCGGGGCUGACGUGGAACAGUGGAACCUGGAAACGCUCGAGCAGCUUGGUGUGACAGAUGCGAAAACACGGGCGCAAGUACUACAUGAGUUGCGGUCAUUAAAGGAGCAUCAAGCAAAUCCAUCAGAUGAAACUGGUGACCGCAGUGGUACCAAGAUUGCCAAGAAAGGUAAGCCGCGAGUGCCUUUAUUCAGACUAGUACGUUCUACCAGUUAUGACAAAGUGGUUGCGGUGGAGACACCGCUAACUACCCGAGAUAUCACGGUGGCUGAAGGUCGAUUCGGCUGCUUGCAAGUUACAAAGGUCAAUGGCGCUAAUAUACCAUUGAAGGAGCAGGACUGGUACGUUUCAGCAACACGUUUCCUCUUCUCAUGCUGCUUUUUUCAUCAGAAGCACUACACUGAAAGUGAGUGAUG